AUCUCUGUCAAGCAGCCUCUGGCUGAGCCUUGUGAAUGCUGGCUUUAUCUUCUCCAACACACCAUCUCACAGGGGAAGUGUCACUCUGCCUCUCCCUGCACCUCCUUGUUUCUGCUGACUCUCUGUUUACCCUCUCCUGUCUUCUUCUCCUCAGCUCUCCUCUGUGUGGAUGCCCACAUUGUCUAGUCAUGGACCAGACAACAGUCAGAUACCACUGAGCGACCGCACUGUUGCUGUAGAUAUUACUACAUAGGAACUACAGUGUAGUACAGAUUAAUGAAACAUCUCACUUUAGACCAGUGCCGUCAGAUAUGAACGAAUCAUCUGUGUUUGAGACCGGGGACGUCGCCACGGGGUGCAAGUACACAAUUCUCACGCAGCCCGGGCUGGGUGUCACCACGACAACCAUCACCACCAUCACUCAGACAGGAGGAGGCUGGAGCACGGGCUUGUUUGACAUCUGUGAAGACAAGACCACAUGUGUUCUUGGAGCUCUGGUGCCUUGUUGUUUAGACCUGUCUUUAGCUCACCAGUUUGGCGAGUGUCUGUGGUUGCCGCUCUUACCCGGCUCCACCUUCGGCAUGCGCGUUGGAAUCCGCGAGCGGUACAAAAUACGUGGUAAUGUGUGUGAGGACUGGACCACAGUGUACUGCUGUUACCCUCUGGCCCUGUGUCAGAUGAUGAGAGAGAUGAAGAGGAGGAUGAAGACUCAGUCCUAUCAUGUAUCUACCGCCCUUAAGAGCUCCUGAGGAAUCUCCAGACGAUAAAUGAGGCCUCUCCGUUUUACAAUUCAACAGAGACUCCAACAGACCUGCUGAGAUUUCUGGUAUGAAUAGCAAGAAUCAAUACAAUGAGGUUUAAACUUACUUUUAAACGCCCCGGGGAUGCCUACGACAAUAAAUCGAUGCUCUCCAAUCCA